AAAGACAAUUCUGUCGUUCGCGGAAGAUACUGACAAUAGAAUUGCAACCAAUAGCAAGCCAUAGAGAGGGGGCGAAGUAACGCUGUAAUAAACUCGCAAUGUCGACCAAUUUACAGCCCAUCGUCGCCUUUCUCAAGCGAACUUAUCCACUUCCAUCUGUCGACCCGAAAUGGGUUCGCCAAUGCGUAGAUGCUCUCGUAGAGGCAGGGAGAGAACCUUCAAUUGAAAACGUUCACAUUGAAUUUCUUUAUUCUGAUCUAUCGCUGUGCACGCGAGAAUCGCCAACUUUCCCAGAAGGAGAGCUACAUGAUAUGAUUAUCUUUCCCAAGCCCACUCUCCUACAAAUCCACGCCAUAAGUGAAAUUGGUCACUCGGCUUAUCAGAUUCAGACCGUGAUGGAACAGCGAUCAGAGGUCCUUUCUGGUCGGACUAGAAUAAGAGGACUUGAUGACGACGAAGAGAAUGAAGUAGAAGAAGGGAAGGUGCCGCCCUACCCUCGUGGAAUGCUAAGACUAGAAGUUGGAGAUGGUAGGAGAAUUGUGCGGGCCAUGGAGUAUAAGCGAAUCAACGAUUUUGUUCUGGGACAAACUUCUCUAGGUUCCAAAAUUGUCGUCCAGAACGUCAGAGUCCUUCGUGGAAUCCUCCUCCUCACACCCGAGAACUGUCGUUUCCUCCCCGAUAGUUGUGUCCAAGAAUUGGAGGAUUUACAAAGGGAUCAAUUUGUCCGUGAUCUGCAAAGAAGACUCGGAAAGCUUAACCCCGAUGGGGAGGGUGAUGGGCUGGUCAAUCCACCGCCAGUGAUACCUCCCCCUGUGAGGGGCCCAGGAGUGCGAGCUCCAAAACCAGCUCGCAAUGCCCCACGCCAACCGACGAGGGCGUCUGCGGCCCAGCCCGUCCGAGCUACUCUUCAGACCCCUGUCCCGUUGGAUCGACAUGUUUCCAAACACCCUGUCCCUUCUAAUGCUGUCGCGGGUCCUUCCAACGGUAGAAUGGAACGACAGGCAGCCGUUGUUGAAGAUGACGAUCUUGGUGGCUUUAACGACUUUGAUGAGAGUUUUCUGCGACAAGUGGACGAAGCAGAGUCUCGCGCAUAUGCCAUGCAGGCUAAUUCGGUUUCCAGGUCUGCACCCGUUGAAGUUGAUCCCUAUGAGAGUGAUGACGAUGAUUUCAUGAUUCUCGAUGAAUCCAUGAUCCGCCAACUUGAUUACGCCGAGGCCCAAGCAAAGCAAAGGCAAACAAGUAGCGCCAUCACCGAAACAAAAUCUGUUUCAACGCAAAAAAGACGGUCCACGGCGGAUGAAAUCGAUGAUCUGGAGGAUGACGAGUUUGAAUUCAAUGAGAGUUUCAUUCGACAAGUCGACGAGGCAGAAGCUUUGGCUUUGGCUAGCUCUUCAUUUACCAAGAAGACAACAGGAAAAGGCGCUGCUUCUUCGUCGACGACAAGAUCAGCUACCACGUCAGCAGUGACGGACGUCAUAAGAAAAGGGGCAGUGCAAAGUACCAAAGACGUUGUAUGGAAGCGGACAUUUUCGACGGAUAUUUCAUCUGAUGUAGAAGUGGAUUCGCAGAAGGAGAAUCGUGUACCAGAGAUUAUAGAGAUAUCUGACUAAUGUUGUAUAAGUGUAUGUAUCGACUGAUCUGUAGGAUCAUAUUACUC